CCACGCCGUAUGUCAACUUCUGAAAUGGGUGCACAAGAAUUCCGUGGAGAAGCAGUACGAGCAUCAAGCACGCCAGUUGCUGCACAUGUACGCGCAGAAUCGAAAUCGCUAUCUAUUUUUGGACAGCAAAAUUUGGUAGUGCAGAAGAAACCAAAGGGAAUAACAACUUAUUUUAAAGUGGGUGGCGAGAUUAACUUGACUAAGGGACAAGUAGAGAUGUUUGCAUAUGUUUUUGAUCCGGAUUUAUUACCAAGUGAGCACAUUGUAAAGAUAGGAGGCUCGUCCGCAACACGUCAAGAACUUUUUUGCUUGAGCAAGGAUCAUACAAUUACUGCCAAGAUUAUGGAGCUUUGGGCUAGGAAAUGUACUUGGGAGCAAAGAAUCAUUACUCUGAAGACAACUUGGUGCCUUCCUCCCUCUUUUUCAGUUGAUGUAUUUCAACAUCUCCAAAUAGAAGAGUUAAUUGAUAAAUAUGACGAUUAUAUGGGAAAAUACCCUUCACUUGAAUAUAUUUAUAUACCCAUUCAAGAUAAUGAACACUGGUAUCUAAUGGUCAUGAGUUUAGAACCAAAAAUUGUGUUCCAUUUGGACUCCAACUUGCCCCGUGAGCGCAAGGAACCAAGAACUGAAUCUACUAACACUCUGGUAUUGUUCUAAACUGUUUCAAUUGAUGUGGCUAUGUCCCUAUGAUA